GGCGCUGUGACGUCAUGACGUCGUCUUUCGAGCCACUUAAAACCAGAAUCGAAGUCGAGCAGGAACGCAGGGAAACAGGAAGAAGCAGAAGCAGAAGAAGAAAACAUCGGCACCACAAUGAACAAGAGACUAGUCAAGGAGCUCGAGGAAAUCCGCAACCAUGAGGACAAGUUUUUCCGCAGCAUUCAAGUGGACGAGUCGAAUGUCUUGAACUGGCAAGGCCUCCUUGUUCCUAAUUGUCCUCCCUACGACAAAGGGGCGUUUCGGAUCGAGCUCAUCUUCCCCGCCGAGUACCCCUUCAAGCCGCCCAAGAUCACCUUCAAGACGAAAAUCUACCACCCCAACAUCGACGAGAAGGGCCAGGUGUGCCUGCCCAUCGUCAGCGUGGAGAACUGGAAGCCGGCCACCAAGGCGGAGAAUGUAAUCACCAAUCUCCUUGCCCUGGUGAACAGCCCUGAACCGGACCACCCGCUGCGCGCCGACCUGGCGGAGGAGUACAGUAAAGACCGAGCGAAAUUCAUGAAGAAUGCCGAGGAGUUUACAAAGAAACACAGUGAAAAGCGGCCCACCGACUGACGGCACGACACCGACGCUCAACUGCCGCUUGUCACCCCCCCCCCCCUCUUCUGUUUCCUCGACUACACAGCGACGCCCUGUUCUAGCAUACCUGCUUGUUUUUUAGCACUCUUCAACCACUCCUUCUGAGAGGCUUGUGUUUCUGUUUGACUAAAAAGAAAAAAGCAGGACUUUUGUUGGUGAAUAGGCAGGCUCUGGCCUUUAGGUGUCACCUUUGGGUUGUUUUUUUUUUUUUUUUCUUUCUACUGAUUUCUUUUUCGUAAAAAAAGUAAAGAAAAGAAGAAGAAAUUUGUCAGAGGUGGCAUCCUAGGAAGUAAACUAGUUCUACUUACCUGUUUUUCUUCUCACUUCAAUCAAUAGCUUAUAUCAGACUUUCUUAACAAAAAACCCCACAGCUGAUCUAAAGCUGACCCCCGACCCCCCUUUAAGAUAUUCUGUGAAAUCACCUGUUGCGGAACAUGAAAAUUAAAGUUUGUCACUGAUGCAGAAUUCAACAUGUAAACUCAGUGAUUUGUGAAAAAUGCAACAACGAUUCAUUGUUUAUGUAUUUCUGCUGUUUUUUGGAGGGUGGGGGGGUCUUCACAGGAAAGUGCACUGUGUCGGCAAGCUUUUUGUUCGUUAAUUUGCAGACUAGUGGAUGUCAGACCUAGUUCACCCAUCUAUUUCUUCUCCGUUGCGUCACUGUUUGGUUAAGUACGAGACGUACGAAGCACUGAUUGGUUCUACUAUGUUGCCGCAGUCAAACGGCUCUACUUGUUUUCUGUUUUCCAUGAAUAAACCCGAUGUAACCUGAAGAAGCUCUACGCCUUCACACAUACGAAGGCACUACAUCCAGCUGCAGGUGGAGGACAGAAGGUCGUUACUGAAUAAAGAUUUGUGAUGGAUGCUUAAACCAAA